GUGUGGCUCAAAUCUACAAAUAGAUCUAGGCGUGGUUCAGUAAUAAAAUGGAGGAAGAAGUGAUAUUUAAUUUUCCAGAGUGGCAGGUCAAUGCCUUUGAUGUUGAUUGUACUGGAAACUGGGCAGUUUUAGCUGUUCAGAAGUGGUUGUCCAUCAUAUCCCUGGACUCUUCAUCAAGUGUCGUUGAACUUGGAUCAGGGGAAGGAAGAGAAAAAGCAAAGCGUAAACUCGGUACUCAUAACAAGUACGAGAUAAAGGCUCUUCGCUGGAACCCUCACUUUGCUAAACAGCAGCACCUAGCAUCGUCCAAUCAUUUGAAGCUUGAUAUAUGGGAUACACAUGAAGGCAGACAGCCUCUUGUAUCAGUCAAAGCUCACACACGUCCUCUGAGUGAUUUAAGCUGGUCUUCUGAUGACCCUAAUCUCAUUGCUACCUGUGCUGUUGAAUCAUUUGUUCAUAUCUGGGACAUCAGAGAACCAAGACGGCCCAAGGUAUCCUUUAAAACUCUAGGAGGAUUGAACUCUGGUGCCUCAUUUGUUCAAUGGAACAGGUUGAAUGGAUCAAUAAUAGGCUCAGCUCAUGAUUCUGACAUCAGGAUAUGGGACAUGAAAAAACCCUCCACAGUUUCAGCAUGUAUAACGGCUCACAUGAACAAGAUACACGAUAUUGAUUGGAGCUAUACGAAUGAGAACAGCCUCACCACCUGUAGUCAUGAUGCUACUGUCAAGUUCUGGGAUACCAAGUCCCCACGGGAUCCUCACAGCACAAUAAAGGCUGGGAACCAUCCUAUUUGGAGGGCAAGAAACUGCCCACACGGUGAAGGUAUAGGUAUGAUACUAGUACCUGCGGUUCAUUCUGGUGACAAUCGAGUCUUUAUUUGGAGUAGAACGAACAUAGCCACACCCACUCACAUAUUCAAUGGUCACACUGAUGCCGUGAUUGAUAUCCAGUGGGUUAAAAAUGAGAGAGGUUGCUGUUUAUUUUCACUCUCAAAGGAUCGAUCCCUUCAUGUCUGGUCCCUCUCUGAACAUUUGCAGCAAGCUCUUAAUUUUGAUUUAUCUCCUGCCGAAGGAAGCCUUGAGAAGACCCCCACGGUCAAAAAGCCCCCUUCUUUGGUUGGUGUUGAAGCUGAAACUAGUUUCAGCACUUUUGGUGAGGGGUCUGAUGAUAUUGAUGGACCUAGUGUGGUAUUGCCAGGAACCCCCAUGAGUAACAAAACCUUCAAUUCGAUCGGAUCGGCUACUCCUGGCACUCCAGAUUUGUCCAUAUUUAGUAGUUUUGUUAGUCAGACUUUGGCUCAAGAAUUCGAACAAGUUAAUCUCGACAUACCCAACUUGGAGAUGGAGAGGCUUGAUCCGACUCAGCGCAGCUGUACCGUUAAGAUAGAACAAGGAGGACAUCUCAUUCGUCUUGACAUCACGUUCCCCUCUCAUUAUCCUAAUGGAGCAGCUCCUUCCUUCAGACUAGAUCCAAGUACCACUAUUGAUUAUUCCAGUCAGAAUGAGCUCAUUGGAACUGUCAAUGAAACGGCUUAUUCAAAUGUGAGGUUGAACAGACCGUGUCUGGAGCAAUGUCUGAGGAAGUUAGCCAAAAGCUUUGAUACAUUACUGUGUCGUCCAGAGCCACCUGCUGCUGAUCCUCAUGCCCUUCCCUCCGUCCAAUCAGAUUUUGACUUGUCAUUUGGUAAACUGGACGAUGAUAGGAUUCCAUUUCCUAGAAGCAGCGGAGCGAGGUUCUGUUCAAACGGUUAUAUUGUGUAUUUUAGUUUUCCUAGCGUGUUACCUCCUAACACAAAAACACCAAAGUCAUUCGACUCCCUACAUCAUUACAAAUCCUUGACAAAGAAAGGCUCUCGUCAACGUGUCUCGUCUCUCCAUUCCUCCGCCUCUUUCUCAAAGAGGACAAACAGUGGGAGUAACCUACAGGUCCUUGGAACCAGCGCAGGGAGCAUGGGAACCGGAGGGGUCUCUCCUGGAUCAAAGGAUAAACUGUCCUCCUCCAGCUCGAGUAAAGGAGGAGCAGGGACUGUGAUCAUAUCUGAUGUCAGUAGCCUCCUACCUGUGGAUUAUAAACUGGCUAAGGAAUACAGUUUGGUUGGUAAAAAUAUUGAAGAUAUUUGUAUACUAAAUGCAUGUGCAGCAGCUGCCGUUGGUCGACAGGACCUCGUUAACACAUGGACUGCUGUAUCACUUAUUGCUGCCGACACUGCAAAACAUGAAACCUCACCUCUGGAACCCGGGGCUGAGGGACCAUGGGCCAUACAUCCUUUUGGACGUCAGCUUGUUCAAUCACUGUUUGAUUAUUACAGCAGUAUUCAUGAUGUUCAAACACUAGCAAUGCUCUCUUGUAUAUGUCAGUUACAAUGUCUUCAUGUUAACGAACGCUUUCCUCAUUCAUCUUCUUCAUCAUCUUCUCCUUCCCUUCCAAAGAAGACACAAGAGCAUCCUGUUGGUUUGGAAGGAAUAGUAAUUGAGACAGUCGACGAUGAAGAAAUGCUACAACAUCAAAAUAACUGCAGGAUACUUGAUGCUGUCAUGAGCCUAAGAUGUGAUGAGUAUAGGCGUUGCUAUAGUAACAUCCUGUACAGGUGGGGCCUCCUAACUCAGCGGUCGGAAGUCAUGAAGUACCAGUCUUGUGGAGCUUAUAGACAUAAGGAAAUAACUCUUGCUGGACAGUGUAGAGGAUGCAGGGCACUGCUCAAAGGUCCUUACUGCAUGAAGUGUCAUCUCUUUGCCAUCACUUGUUCCCUCUGUAACCUGGCAGUUAAAGGCUCUUCUAAUUUAUGUUUGAGUUGUGGUCAUGGAGGCCACACCAAUCACCUGAUGGAUUGGUUUUCAAAUCACGUGACGUGUCCUUCCGGCUGUGGAUGUAGAUGCUUAGAGACUAGUGGUUGGAGUCAAUGAAAUUAUUUUUAAUUUAAAAUAAUAAUAAUGAUUUACUGUAUGACUAUGUAAUAUAUAUAAUAUAUUAUGAUUUUUAAAGAUAAAAGUAAAAAAAGAGGUAGAGUUCUCUUAAUUAAUUUUUAC